CAUCAUGACAAAUUUAGACCGAAUGACGGCUUCCGAACUUCGUGAGAAAUUAUUGGAGCAUGGAUACGACAUCCCCUCCUCGAUUAGUAAGGACUUUAUGGUGAAAAAGUUGAAGAAAGCGAUGGAAGAAAAGAAAAAGACUUCGACAACGCUUGGACCUCAAUCGACGGGAAAUGCGACUGGUGGUCGGAAGACUCCGCCACGAGCAGUCGUUCGCCCUACUGCUCCAGAGAUAUCUGCCCCCACCACCACGCCACCUCGAACUACAAGGAUGUCAAGUUCUCGAAAUAAUGCGAGGCAAUCUGUUGGUGGGGUGGUGUCUAACAGUGACCUGCCGAAUGAACCACUACGUCGAAGUACUCCGGCACGAAGGGGAGGGUUAAAAGCCACUCGCCAUUCUAUUUCAAAUAUUCCACCGGUGAGGGUGAGGACGCCGCCGAGGAGUAUUGUUUCAUCAUCCAGACGAGAGGUGUAUCAAGAAGACGAUAACGAAGAAGAUGACGAAGAACCAAUGUCACAAGACAGCAGCGCUGUCGGAUUCUGGUCGCAACAGCAACAACAACCGACACAGCAAAUUCCGACAAGAUCAUCCCUUCGUCCCUCACCUCUCAAACGUGUAAGACCAAGUGACAGUCCGAACCACCAAACGCAUUCUUUAUUUGGAAAUGCUACCACAGAGGCAUUAAUGUCAUCUAUGGACUCGUCAGGAUUUGUGAAAAGGCAAUCUUCAACUAUAAGUUAUUCGAGUCCGUCAACCACUUCGAAAGGAAGGUUCGGACUUAUUGUGAACGGGAGAAAGAUACAAACUGAUUGUAUUCCGAAUGACGAGUUGAAUCCAAACAAAUUCAUAUUCAAUAUUCCAGACGCGGAUUCCGUAAAGAUUAUUGUGGUAUUUCUACCUGAAAGUGAACAGUUCACUCCUGGUACUGCGGGACAAAUCUGCUUUGGCUGGCCUGACGAACGAAACGAGAUCAAAUGGCAUAUGCUGGGACAUAUUUCAAAUAUUCGGCCCUCUGCCAUCUUCGAUAUUAGUGAUUUUAAGCAAGCCAUCGUCCCCGCCGCUGGAAAUUCACGUUUUUCUUUCGGAGGCUUUUCUUUUGGAAACAACAAUACCCGAGGACCCACUAAUGCUCAGAUCGGAAUAUCAAUAGAAUCCUUACAAGUCGUCGCAUCAUCAAUGCAUCCUCAAGUGCAACUUUAAACCCCAUAAAUUUCGAAUAUCCUCAUAAAUCAAGAAACCUAAACUUUCUAGGAAUACUAAAUUUCAGCCUUAAAUCUUUGUUAACAUA